ACGGCAGAGUUUUCGGCAUUCUCGUUUCCUUUCAGUCCGCGGCCAUUUUUACUCUGUGCUUCAUGUUUCACAAUGAGUGAUUAUUCAGCGGUCACUCCGCCUCAAAAUUUUAACAAUAGUUCAGCUUUCGCAGCGGCAGUUCAACGUGCUAGACAGUUGGUGGUUCGCAGUAGCUCUUGACCAAGUAGGAUAGUUGGAGACCUUAAGCUUGAGGCUGAGCAUAUUAUUACCUGGCAGUAAUUCGAAAAUGUAACUAAAAUAGCGGCAAAGAUCAACCCUGCCGCAAGCACUGGUGGAGAUCAAGGACAGAAAAGACCGCUUGACGAUAACCCAGACGAGUAUUUCUCGCCGGACCAACCGGAAUCCAAGAAGCCGGCAACGGCUAGUUCGCCUGCGGCCUUGUCAGCCGCAGCAGCACAGGCGCAAGCCGUAGCAGCCAGAGUGGCGGCAACAGCCGCAGCGGGCAUCCAAGGGUUAGGUGGUCUGCCCUUGGGCCCUGUUACCAAUGAAGACAUCAAAGUUCCCGACAAGAUGGUCGGCCUCAUUAUAGGCCGGGGCGGUGAACAAAUCAGCCGUCUGCAAGCAGAAUCAGGUUGCAAGAUCCAAAUGGCUCCUGACAGUGGUGGUCUUCCAGAGCGACUAUGCACGCUGACAGGGAACGAUCAGAGUCGAAUGAGGGCCAAAGAACUCAUCGGCUCGAUCAUCUCAAGUCGUAGUAAAACGGAAGGCACGGGUGGUGCCCGGUUAGACGAAUUAAAUCUAGGCCCUGCUGUCAAUCAGAACUCAGCACAAUCCUCUCAUUCGCAGGUUGAAAUUAUGGUUCCUGGACCUAAAGUAGGAUUAAUUAUCGGCAAAGGAGGUGAGACCAUUAAGCAACUCCAAGAGAAGUCUGGUGCUAAAAUGGUUGUUGUUCAAGAUGGACCCUCCCAAGAAAAUGAAAAACCUCUCAGGAUCAGUGGUGACCCACAAAAAGUAGAGCACGCUAAACAGCUAGUUUAUGAAUUAAUAGCGGAAAAGGAUAUGCAGAACUCAAGUUUCGACAACUCGUUCGGUGGCGGCCGGAAUGACUUCAUGAACAGCUUCGGGAACUUCGAAAAUGGUUCAGGUUCCAGAUCUGGCGAAAACGAGGUUUUAGUGCCUCAGCCAGCCGUUGGUGUAGUUAUCGGCAAAGGUGGUGAGAUGAUUAAGAAGAUCCAACAAGAGACGGGUGCCAAAGUUCAGUUCCAGCAAAAUCGCGAGGAAGGCCCCGGAGAGAGACGAUGUAUAUUGCAAGGCACCCCAAGUCAAAUCGAAGAAGCUCGCCAACGUAUUGAAGACUUGAUAGAAAGCGUAAUGGUGAGGAUGCGAAGGGAUAGUGAAGGUGGACGAGGCCGAGGUGGCAGGAACGAUCAGCGCGGCGGGGGCCGGGAUCGUGAUCGCAACAGCCGAGACUGGGACGGUAGAGGUGGUGGCGACAAACAAGAAACUACUCUUUCUGUUCCUGCUUCCAAAUGUGGUGUCAUCAUCGGAAAAGGUGGAGAAACGAUUAGGCAGAUCAACCAGCAAACUGGAGCUCAUUGUGAGAUCGAUCGCAGAAACCAGCCUAACCCUAAUGAAAAAACCUUCAUCAUCCGAGGAACACCAGAACAAAUCGAGAGAGCAAAGAAUGUCAUCGCGGAAAAACUUGGAAUGCCUCCUGGCAGUUUCAACGGAAUGGGUAGCGCACCGAACAGCGGCGCAAUGAACGGCGGUCCACCCACCGGUUACCCGAUAGGCGGUGGUCCCGGUGGCCCUCAGUUCAACCAAGGGAGCUGGGGGGCGCCCGGAUUCCCCGGACAGCAACAGCAACAACAGCAGCAACCAUGGCAAGGCGGUACCGGUGACCAGUCGUCGAACUCAAAUGUCCCAGUCAACCCUGCGACCGGCACGCCCGACUACAGCCAACAGUGGGCCAUGUACUAUCGCUCGGUCGGACUCAUCAAAGAGGCUGAGAUGGUUGAAAUGCAGGCUAAACAUAAUAAGGCGGCUAUGGGUGGAAGUUCAGACACGCCUGCCGCUCAACCUCAACAGCAGGUGCAACAGUCAUCUGGAUUCCAAAGUCAAAAUGGACAAGCGGAUUACAGUGUCCAAUGGGCUGAAUACUACAGAUCUAUAGGCAAAAUCAAGGAAGCUGAAGUUAUCGAAGCUCAAAUUAAAGCUAAGCAACAAGCCGCCGCUGCAACUGCUCCAGUAGUCAGCACGCAGCCAGCGGCCGCAGCCCCUCAGCCACAGAUGGGUGCUUACGGUCAGCCGCAGUACGGAAUGAGCUACCAACCAUCAUUCUACAGCAAUCCUCAGGCGCAACAACAACCUGGCCCACCGCAGUUCCCCUAUUCAAGCUACCCUAACUAUCCGCAGGCUGAUAGCUCAUGAACUGGUGAGUAGAAUCGCUUUUAUUCUCUGUUAUUCACACUUCCGCAAGGGCACCAGCUUCUUUUCAAAGAAACGUUUUGAAACAACAACAAAUAUUGGCUAAUUUGUGGUUUUUAACAACGGUUGCAGAGUAUAUAACCAAUCGGCCACCCUUUUUUCUGGCUUUAUGACUACUGAUUCAAAGCUCUGCCAGAAUUUGCCAUUGAUAUCUUAUCAGCCAAGUGGUUUCAAAACGCAGAUUUCGGUCAAGCUGCCGAAAUUAUUUCUUUUAAGCAAGCUGCACCCUUGCAUUAGUGUUUCCAACAGUUAGAUUUUUAUUUCAACCUGAUUUUUCUGAAAUCUCGACUGAUGUUUCUCACUACGUAUUUGCAAUUGUGGGUUUUGAAGUUUAAAUUAACUUUUUCUGUCCUCCUUUGAGAUUACCGUUUUUGAUUUAUCAACUGGUCUGCAAUCAUACUAUUUCAUCAAUAUGUAAUCGCAUUUAAUUAUUUUUCGAAAUGAGAUUUUUGUAAUCACAUGGUACUGAAGUUUAAGAAAUCUGCUCAGGGUUUCAAUUUGUCAUGUCUUAUUCUUUAUAUACUUUGAGGGGUUGUAAAGGGAUUCUGUUUCUUUGUUUUUUUAUUUUAUUUAAUUUUUUUUUUUUUCAAUCAUUCGUACGCCCGAGAGAAAGGCUCGCUUAUCUUUGGCAGGGGUUGAUAGUCCUUUACAUUAACAUAUUCGUACUUUGAGGUAAUGUAACAUUUUACUCGGUCCACCUAAAAAAUUUCCAUCUGAAUCUAUAAGUUUUUGUUUUUUCGCUCUUGUGAACACUCGGCCAUGUUUUCUACUGUUUUUUAACAGAAAUACGCUAAGAAUUAACUUUUCAGUAUCAGAAAAAUUGAAAAUAAAUUGGUAGAAUUAGAUGGUAUAUAUCCGUCAGCCACCUGCAAUCCGCUAAAUCAUGAAUAGAAAUAAUAUAUCAACCCCUGUGUUCAGUAUUUGAAUAGGUAUGAAUUUCUCAGCUAAGCAAGCACGGUUUUGUACGAUUCCACACGCAACCAGUCUUGUUUCAAUUUUUCUUUUGAUUCGGGCACUUUUUAUCUUAAUAUUGCUAUGCAAGAGUGUUGUAUUGCGUCAUGAAUUUCAUUUCUGCUCCUUUGAGCAGAGAACACUUGUAGGCGUUUAGGUGUAAGUAGUUUAAGCGUUAAAUUAAGCCUUCCACAGAUUGCCUAGCAUAUGUCACCGCAAAGCGGAAUUGUUUUGUUUUAUGUUCCUCUGACAGGUGUCGCCAUAAUGCGUUAGCAAGCUGCUGACUCCAGUCGAACUAAGCCUCUUCGUUGACUUGUAAUACUGAAUCCAUUUUUUGUAUGUAUCUAAAUUUCUAACUCAUUCAUUCGUAUUGGUCUAAAAUUGAUGCCGUAAUUAUCUCACUAUUUUUGCGCUGCCUCUGCAACCAGCCUGAAUCCGUUGCUCUCAUCUGCUGAGUUUGUUUGUCUGCUAGAGCUCGAACAAGUUCGCUAGCAGGACUUGUUUCUGCUCUUUAAAAACCUUUUUUUUUUCAAAGUUAUGCCCUAUUUUGUCGUCUCCUCUGAUAAUUUUUUAUGUAUGUCUACUCUCCGCCAGUCCACUUUAUUUUUUUUCCUCAAUCUCUUUAGACGUAAGUUGUUUUACUACUCGUAAGAUUUUUAUAAAUACACACGAAUAUAAAUACACAUCUACCUAAGUUGAAAGUCAGGCUCCUUUUAUAUUUGUUCUCCAUGCAAUCGAUGUAUCCUCUUUAUAGGUAAGCUUUACCGAUAACUUGGUAUCUUUUAAUCCCUCGACUACGUAAGUAUUUUGUUUCGUCUAAGUUUACGACCGCCCAUCUUACCAUUGAAAAGUUGUUAGCUGUUCUUCAAACAUGAGGAAGGGUCUUUUCUCCCCUUUAUUUUCAAUUUUUUUGUUCUUUUUUUCUCGAGGGAUUUGUUACGAGCCUGUCCUUGAAGUUUCAUAUGUCACCUGUCUCAUCAGUGUUGUUUGUUUAAGUCGUUGACUUUUCAUAGCUUUUAUUAUAUUUUGUCCUUUUUUAAAUAGAUAAUAUAGGCAUUAAAAUGUAUCAUUUAAAGUGUGCAAAUUUUAAAUUUUGUGUAUGUGGUUUUCUCUUUUUUGUUAGUUUUUUCCAAAUCAGUGAGGCUGUGAAACGUAAAAUAUUUAAAAGUUGUCUUGAUUUCGUAGUUUCUUCUCAUGAAUAACAUUGAUUUCCUUUGUCUAUUUGUAACUCUUAUUAUUAUUAUUUUUGCCGUGUGUUUAACAGUGUUCAAGCCAUUUUGUCUCCGUUUAUUUUCAAGAGAAUGCAAGAAAAGGCUCUCCAUCUUACUCUCGACUUGUCGCUCAUUGUUCGGAUGUGAAGGAAAAUUACCCAUUCUUAAUUUUUUAUGCUGGUAGUCGAGAUCACUCCAACCGAUGUAGCUCACUUCUGAAUGAUGAAUCCAAAUUUUAUUUGCUCGCAUAGUUUUCAAAAGUCUCAUCGCAGGUUUGAUCCUCGAGUAGACAGGAGCCUCAUUCUGAUGUGUAAGUUUAUUCCCUCCUAAUUUGUAAGAUUUAAUUUCUGUGAGAGCUUUGAACAGAAGAGAAUUGGAAGCCUCGUUUCAAAAAUGACCAACCUUGAUGUAUUUUAAAUGGAAUAUCCAUCAUUUUUACAGAUGAGGCCUAUUUUCUUCUCUUCAUCUGUUGAUUAAUAAACGUUUUCAAUAUACCUCACUUUAAAGAUCCCAUUAUAUCUUUGUUCACCCACGGUAGUCAAUUCAUCGAAGUCACCUUUGACCAGCAUUUUCAACUGUGACUAAUUAUUUUCUAUACUUAAUUUCUUUCUCUAUCUAUAGAAGAUUGUGUAUCUAUAGUUUCGUACCAAAAUGUUGUAGUAGCCCUGAUGCCAGAGAAGUACCCAAGAAGCAGUUUGUUUAUUUUCAAAGCUCUCAAAAUUUUUAAUUGUAUUAAGCACAGUACUCGAUCGGGUAGUGUUGUAUGAAUUAUUUGGGCCUUAUUUUAGAUCGGGUAAUCUGUUUUUUAUUUCUCUGAGGUUAGGGUCAGAAGAGUCAGUAUUUUAAUGAUACCCACCCUCUCUCCGGGUUUUUGUUUCAGUUGUAACUGUGUGUCUUUUUUUGCUCUUUUAUUUUAUUUUUGCCUUCAUGAAAAGUCUUGAAUUGAACGUUUCUCGUAGCGCAAAGCAUAAUUUUCUUUGUCCAACUUUUUAUUUUCAUGUCUCUAUCUGAUUAAUGGUUUUAACUUCAAAGGACAGGCUCGUCCCAUCUCAAUUAUGUAUUUUUACUUUUAUCUUCCCCCUUUUUUCCCUGUCGAAUUUUGCUGUACGAUAAGAACAUCUCUUUAAGAUUCUGUUCAACCCCUGUGUACAUGUAGUUGUAUGAAUAAAUCUCAUUACUAUUCAA